UUAAGAAAGCUAAACCUUGCGCACCUAGAAUGGGACCGUUACCAAUAGCGAGACUUUCUCCUUUCGUCCGCCCAUUCAGUUACGUUGGGUUGGAUUAUUUUGGUCCAAUUACUGUUAAGAUAGGUAGGGCCAACGCAAAAAGGUGGAUUGCACUUUUCACGUGCCUUACGAUUCGGGCUGUGCACGUGGAAGUUGCCUUCGAUCUUUCCACCCAUAGCUGCAUAGCGUGCAUUAGGAGAUUCAUCGCUCGGAGGGGAGCUCCAAUCGAGAUUUACUCCGACAACGGGCGGAAUUUUGUAGGAGCUCAACGUGUUUUGAAAGACCAGGUUGCUCGCAUCUAUGAGGACGUCGCUAUCACAUUCACCAACACUCAUACCAAAUGGGUGUUCAUUCCACCUCAUGCUCCCCACAUGGGGGGUUCAUGGGAACGCUUAGUUCGAUCAAUCAAAGUUGCCAUGAAAAGCCUUCCGCAAGAACGUAAACUGGACGACGACGCGUUACAUACUACGGCGGUGGAAGCGGAGGCCAUCGUCAACACACGGCCGUUAACCUAUCUGCCUCUAGAUUCAGCAGAGCAGGAAGCCCUUAGCCCCAACCAUUUCUUGCUGGGGUCUUCUAACGGGGUAAAACAACCAACGACCAGGAUGGAAGAUACUCCAAGAACAAACCGUCACAUGUGGAAUUUGAUUCAGCACAACCUUGACCAUUUUUGGCGCCGCUGGAUCAGGGAAUAUUUACCCACGUUGACGAAAAGAACCAAAUGGUUUGGCGAAUCAAAGCCACUCCAAACCGGAGAUUUGGUCGUGGUGAUCGACGAGACGAAACGGAAUGGAUGGAUACGAGGGAAAGUGCUGGAGAUCAACCCAGGACGCGAUGGAAGGAUAAGGCAGGCAGUAGUUCAAACCUCAGACGGAGUGUUUCGGAGGCCUGCGGCCAAGUUGGCCAUUUUGGAAGUGCAGUCGGAUGCUAAAGCUGUGCCUGGUACCCACCUUUACGGGGAGGGGAAUGUUAGCACUGGCAGCCCUUCCGUGACCACUGUUGACGUCUUCGGUGACGGACAGCGACCUUCACCAUGACACGUCUGCGCAAACGUCAGAACUAAAGCAGAGUGAAAACAGAUAUGCUACAUGUGAAACUACAAACCAAUUAAUUUUCCUAAAUUUCUUAUAUUUUCUACUAUUCUAUUGAAUUUGUUUAUUUGAGUGCCUAAAUUUGAUUGAGCAAGCAAAGUGCAGCUUCUAACCUCUGUUGUUCGAGGAAUAAAAAAACUAAUGAGUCACUGAAUGUGUAAGCCCCUUUUGUAGUACAAACCUCAAUGAAUCUAUAAACUAAAUAUAUACUCUAAUUGCACCUUAAAGCAAUCGCUGAAAAGAUCCGUGAUUUUCAUUUCGU